UAGUGUAGGUUGAUAAAGUCAACAAUUCAACAAAAACACAUUAUCACUAUCGUGCAGUGAGAAAUUUCUCGUGUUUUCUAAUUUUUCUAUAAACAGUGAAACAUUAUUAUUCUGCCUUGAAAAAGUAGAAUGGUUAAUUGAUAAUAAAAUCAAGUAUAAUAAGUUUUUAGUUCCAUUUUUGGACGCGCGUCAUUUGGAGUGGAGAAAUAGCGUUCCUUUAACGCAGUAUAUAUUCGAGCUUUUGGAAAAAGUGAAUCAAAGUUGCUUUGAUGAAAACCUAAAUUUAUAACACGACGAUGACAUUGAUAGUGAAUUUACGAAUUGGAUCAGUAAUUGAUGGUGAUCGAAUGAUUUUCGAAGCAGCUCAUUUUGGCGGGUGACGUGUUGUUUCUGUUUUUGAUCGACUAUCAUCGUCGACGACGACGACGACAACGAAGACAGUGACGGGGGGUGGGGUGGGCGGCCUUCGGUGGAUCGUGGAAAGCACGCGCCGUGAAAGAAGAACACGUGGUGCGACACGGGGCAAGGAUACCUGAUUGUCAAGAAUUCCCGACGAUGUCACGUUGGUUAAUUUGUGUGAUCCUUGAAGGCGCCUGUCCAGUAAAUAUGAGAUCCUCCGUGGUCAGUUUUCAGCGUUAGGGGGGCAAUGCACUGUGGGAAGUAUUUGCGACACGCGCAUGCGCAUUUCAGUUUACAGUUGGAGUUUGGAAGAAAAUGGCGUCAGCUAAGUUUCUGGAGGAAGCUCUCAGCACGGACGUCGACGAAUCCGCAGUAAACGCAAUUGUGGGCUCACUCGAAACGCAAUUAGUGACGUCGACGCCAACGAUUGCCGUUCAUCAGCCAACUUCCGUCGCGAUCAGUCAACAGAAUCACCAGGUGAACUCAACUAUUUCAAACGGGGGCACUAUCUCCGCUGUCUUACAGACACAGAAACAUGGGGUUGCCAACGGCGGCAGUCAGACCUCCGUUAACAGUUUGAUGACUCAGGAGGUUCCAAAAUCCAUUACAACGAGUACUUUACUCCCGGUAAAUGUCGUCACGACAAAUGCUGUGGCGCCACAGGUUACCGCUCAGCAACAACAACAGCAGCAACAGCAGCAGCAACAUCUCCAACAGCAAAAUCAGUCGACAGUUGCAGCCACGUAUAUCAACCAGGUAACCUCAAAUCAAACUGUUCCUGCUCUCACCAAGACACAUGAACAAGUGAAAAUUAUUUAUUCGGGCGCGGGACAGGUUAUCGCGACAACCGGAGUUGUUAAUGCUAAUAAUAAAAUUACAUUUCCUGCCCAAAAUGUUGGGCAACUCGCGAACGGUACUCUAGGUGUUACGACACAGACGGUCCUGCAGACGGCAAAUGUUGUCACAAAUACCGGCACAGUGGUUCAACAAAAUAAUCAGGGUGUUAAUGUGAAUAAACCGACAGGUACUGCUUUAGUGAUAAAGAGUAGUGGAACACCAGGUGGUAUGGUCUCCGUCCCGUUGUCAGUUCCUGUCUCAGUUGGUGGUAACGCUGUUAAUACGACUCUCCAAAGUAAAGCGGGAGUAACGUCAACAAUUGUACCCAGUAAUAUGCAGAUUCUCAAUAUGAAUACAAUAAGGCAAGGAACUCCUGUUGCGGGUCAGCAAGGUGGUAAACAAGUCGCUCCAAGACUUGUCAUCGGACAACCAAUGGUGGGAGCAAGACCUGGUGCUCCAAUAACGUUGCAAGCAUUCCAUGGUCUUCAAAUACAGGGAAAUUUAAUUGUGAAAACGGAAAAUGGACAAUAUCAAUGUAUAAGGGUGGCAGCCCCAGCUUCCGCAGCACCAGGAGGCACAGCUGUGACUCCAAAUAGUAUAGGCGCGAAUACGAUGGUUGCGACACCAACUGGAGGCACGACUUAUCGCCUCGCGUCUGUGCCGGUUGUAAGUAGGCUGAACACUCAGUUCACUGGCCCGCCACUCGCCACCCUAAGAAAACCCAUGCAGACCGCACAAGCAAGUGUGACUUCUGUAACUCCAAAUGCAACUGUUACUCAAUCAGCUCCGACCACUGUUCCUGUUACUACACAGAAUGCUAAUGUUACAACAGGCCAAACGGGACAAGCUCCUGUACAGCGUCAGACCACAGAUAAUACCAAAGAAAAGUGCCGUAAAUUUUUAGCAAACUUAUUAGAGUUGUCUAGUCGAGAACCUAAACAUGUGGAAAUAAAGGUUCGGACGUUGAUUCAAGAAUUAAUUGAUACUAAAGUUGAACCCGAGCAGUUUUGUGAUAGACUUGAAAAAUUAUUAAACGCAUCUCCUCAACCAUGUUUAAUCGGUUUUCUCAAGAAAAGUUUGCCUCUUCUUCGGCAGUCCCUCGUUACAAAGGAACUUGUUAUAGAAGGAAUAAGACCACCUCCCGCAAAUGUUGUUUUCUGUAUAGCUUCCGCAACUCCAGCUACUGUACAACCUCAGUUGAGGAAUACUGUAGCCGUCUUUCCUGUGUCAGUGGCAGCAGUUGCUACUGCGGGUACUCCAAUUCCCUCUGCAACUGCAACCGCAACAACGCAAGUUAGGUUGAUGACACCGCAAAAUACUGUCGCAACUGCCGCUCCUAGAGGAGUGCAACAGGUUCAACAAAGGCUUAUUCGACCAAUAACGACGGUGGCUCGUACUCAAGCAACCGCUAUUAGAUCGGCAAUGGCUGUAAGUACAAUUCGACCUUCGGCAACGGUUGUUCAAAAAACAGCAACGACAACUGUUCUCAAAACAAUCGCUGCUGCCGCUCAGGGAAAAGCAGUUAAUGCGACUACUACGCUCAACAAACAAGUUGUAGUGCCUUCAGUUCAAUCAAAACCGACAAUUAAGGAGAAAGAGAAAAAAACAUUUUCCUCAGCUGGCUAUACGGGCGAUGACGAUAUAAACGAUGUCGCGGCAAUGGGAGGCGUCAAUCUCGCAGAGGAAUCUCAAAGAAUCCUCGGAUCCACAGAAUUUGUCGGGACUCAAAUUAGAUCUUGUAAAGAUGAAGCCUUUUUACAUUUGUCACCUCUGCAGCAAAGAAUAAAACAAAUAGUGUUAAAAUAUGGUUUGGAGGAACCAAAUCAAGAAGUAUCGACCUUAAUUUCUCACGCUGUACAAGAAAGGUUAAAAAAUUUAGUUGAAAAACUUGCAAUCAUAGGAGAACAUAGGGUAGAUCUCAAUAAAAUGGAUCCUAGGUACGAAAUUUCUCAGGAUGUGAGAGGGCAACUUAAGUUUCUCGAAGACUUAGACAGGGUAGAACGUAAGAGGCACGAAGAACACGAGAGGGAAAUGCUCCUGCGAGCUGCAAAAAGUCGCGCAAAAACUGAAGAUCCCGAACAAGCAAAAUUAAAAGCAAAAGCAAAAGAGAUGCAACGAGCAGAAAUGGAAGAAUUAAGGCAACGUGAAGCUAAUUUAACAGCUUUACAAGCCAUUGGACCACGAAAAAAACCAAAACUCGAUACAGGCGGUGCAACAGCGAGUCCUGCGAGUUCUGGAUUAAAUGCAACAUCUUCUGGCAUGAAUCGUCAAAUGUCAAUGAGACCGAGAGUGAAAAGGGUAAAUAUAAGAGACAUGUUAUUUCUAUUGGAACAAGAAAAAGAUACGUGUCGAAGUACAACACUUUAUAAAUCGUAUCUAAAGUGAUGUUCUGCAAUGGGCAGGAACACAAGUGAUACGCCACUAAAAUGGCGUUUUACUUGUAUGGUCUUGUGUGAGCUGGUCUCAAUAGAUCUCAAAUUUCGUGACGCGCUCCUGUGGCACCUUCAAAAAGUGCCUGACAAAUUGCGUGCAAUUGAAGCUCGAUGCCAAUUUGGCUUGGAGUUAUCUACACAUUUUUUCCAACAAAACUUUAUUGCAAAAAAAAAAAAGAAAAAAAAGAAAAAAAAAGAAAAGCGUCGAUACUAAGCUUCCCAACUACUUGUAAAUGACUGAAGUUUUUUAAGAUUGUAAUAUACAAAAAAAAAAUGUAAUAAAUUGUUCUUUAUUUUUUAACUCGAGAUCACGUCUGUAUAGAGAAAAAAAAAGAAAAAGAAAACGAUGUGUAUGAAGCACAUCGUUCAUUUUUCUUUAAGGACAACAUUGUCCAUUAUCUAAAAGAGGUUGUAUUGCGCGCGAAUGUUUCCCAAAAAAAAAAAUGAAUAAAUGAAUUGAACGGGUGAAAAAAAGAUUUUUUUUUGUAUGUAAUUUGGUUUUUGUUUUGUAUAUGCCUGCUCGUAAUAUUUGACUUGUACUUUUGGACAUUGUAAAUCGUAUUUUUGCAAAAAAAAAAAAUAAAUUCCGCGAUAAGUGUUAUCUUACCAAUUGAAAAGAGAGAAAGUGAAUGAAAGAGAGUGAGAGAGAAUAAAAAAAAAGCACUGUCCAAACAGUAUAGAAGAAAAAUAUUAUUUGUACAGUUUAAAUGACACAUAAAACUAUUGUAGGGAUAAUUUUCAAUGUUGGUACAACAAAAUAUAGCUACUCGACUAUUCUCUAAAAUAAGAAUGGAAUUGUUAUCAGUAUAUUAUGUUGUAAUCUACAUUUUCAGUGUUUAUAAAAAAUUAGCUGUUACGUUUUUUAUUAAAGAAAGAUUUACGAAACUAAGAAUCACGAAUAUUUUUUCGAUCAAAAUAUUAAUUUAUUAUUUAAUGAAAAAAUGGGGAAAAAAAAAAGAAAAGUAACUCGUUGCCGCUACUUAGGAGUAAAGGAAACAUUGUGCUUCAUGAAAAAAAUAGUGAAUUGAAAAAGAAAAAAAGAAAAAAAAAAUGCAAAAAAAAAAAAAAUAAGAAAAAUGUGUGUACCUGAUUUGUAUGUAAAAGAUCCGCUCUGCUGAAAAUACGUGGGUGCCUAUUGUACAGAUUUUUCUUCUUUCUUUCGUUACGUCCGACAUUUCUCAAAUAUUCUGUGCUGUCAAAAAUGUUUUCAAAUUUUUUUUAACAACGGACUGCGAAUCAAAUCAAAAAUUACAUUGUAAAUCAGCGCGUUCCUUUAAAUUUUUUUUUACAAACGCGUCUUUUUUACAAAGUUCAAAAAAAUUUUCUAAAAAGAAAAAAAUUUUUACAAUAUCAGUGUGCAAAAUUGAAUAAUUUUUGUUUUUUUUUUUUUAUUAGAUAUAAAAAGUAGAAAAGGGAAAAAUUGCGGCAAUAGAGUCUCUAAUAUAAAUAUAAAUAAAGAAAAACGACAAAAAAAAAAAUAACUAAAUAAAUAAAAAAAAAGUUUAACGAGAAAUUUCUAGUAGUGUAUAGAUAGGAAAGUUGACUGUAAAUAUAGUUAUUAAAAAAAAAAAAUUGCGGUGACGUUUUAUCGCAAUUAUCAGAAAAUCUUCCUAAAUCGAUAAGGAAGAUCCGAAUCAUCCCUUGUAAAUAGAUCAUUUUUCCAUAAAAACAAAAAAAAAAUUAUUUCCUGUCAAUGCGAAGUACCAUUGUACUAUACCUUAAAAAACAUUUGUUGCGAUUACACAUUUAGGUUUUUUUUACACCGUGAGAAAGAAAAUUAUUGCUCUUUAUACUGCCACCUAAAGUGGAAUUUCACAAAGGAAAAAGAAAAAAAAAAAAUGAAAAAAAAAGAUGUGUAAAAUUUACGGUAUAGCAAUUUUGGUACAGUACCUAUGCUAUUUUUACAAAUUGUAUUAAUAAGCAGUAGCCAGAGCAAAUAAAUAAACAUGAAAAGAUUUAACGCA